CUAUGGGCUUUUGUCUAGUUCUCUCCCACAAAUCGAUAGUAGUUAUCUUUUCUGGCCACCUAAUUCCUAAUAUCCGGCAUUGGCAUUGAGAAAAGCCUGUAUUACAAUAAUAUUAAUACAAUAAUGUUUUGGCAUCCUCCAAUAAAAAGAUCUCAUUCCCAGACUGAAAGUUUUAAGGUGCCCCUAUUUUUUUUAUCCUUGAAAUAAAAGACCGAUAAAGAACAGUUUGAAAUAAACCAUAUCCUCCUGGCUAAUCAUAAUGAGCCCGCACUAAACACAUUUUCUACCCGGGCGAUAAAAGGACGUUUUUAAAUCUCAGUAUGAAAGAGUUAUCUUUACAGUCAGCUACUUUAUUUCUGUGUGCCCAGGUAGUGUCACUCACGCAAGAAUAUAGUAACCUGAUGACCAUGGGUAAAAGAUUUGCGCUUAUGUUACCGACAGUAACAUCAAAAUCUAGCAAAUCCACGCUGAUCCUAGUGUCACCAAGCGAAGAGCUCACUGUUUCAUUAAAGACUAGACACAUUCCUCCUACUUACAAUGCUCUGGAUAUUAAUCUAACUGUUGGAAUUGACAUAAUUUGUGCCUAUAAUAUACCUUACAACAAUAUGUGUGAAAACGGUCGGUGGAUAACAUUUGAUCUGAUGGCCAUCGAUAUAUUUAGUGUGACCGUCUUUACUAUGUAUGACCAGACGUCUUAUGCGACCUUCAUUGCUCUACCAUUAACCAGCUGGGGAAGAGAAUACUAUGUCUAUACACUAGAUCGUACCGCCUCUAUGGUAAUUAUAGCUGGAUUGAAACCAGUGAGUGUGACGGUCACAUUUCGGCUCACUAGCACAGAUACAAACUUUGAGUAUAACGGAACAAACUACUCGGACAACUCGGAGAUGGUGAUUUCCUUGGCUCGGCUUGAAGGUUUUGAAUUAUCUUUUUGUCUGCAUCCAGAAUCGGUCAUAAACCUGCGAGGGACAAAGCUGAACGCUACUUGGCCUGUAGGAGUGGUGUCGGGCAGCUGUAGAACGAACUACAAAAGUCCGUCAUGUUCUGUGCCUCGUGAUACGGCAGAAGCUAGUUUUGAAAUGAUUUUACCUGUGGAAAUGUUUGGCACUGAGCAUAUUGUUCCUAUUGUACCUGACCGCACUUCCAAAGGUCAAGUAUUGAUUAAAGCCACAAAGAAAACGUCAAUAUCUGUCAAAACUGUUUCUAUGGAGCGCCAAACCAACGAAAUUGAAGAUUUUGAACGGAUAGUUACGCUUGAGAGUAUUACUCAGUUGAAUAGCACCGAUGGCCCUGUCCAAGUUUAUUUUGCGCAAUACUCACAAUGUAAUACAGAGCAAUUCGGAGGCGUGGCUUUAAGUGUAGUCGUCCCCAACAACUUAUUUUUUUGCAAAUAUUUAUUUGUAAUAUUUACCUCACGUAAUGCCAGAAGUUAUGUUAUAGUAGUAACACCCAAGUUACCUGAAGGGCGAAUAAAAAUUAAAAUGGAUCAUGGCGUAACUCCCGAUAUUAAUUGGCUUGAUUCCUACAAUGAUUUUGACCAAGGACAUAUUUCUGUCCGGAGCGGUAUACACGAAAUUCGGUCUGAGGGAGAUCAAACAUUUGGCUGUUACAUCUAUGGAGAAGGGUUUGGAGUAGAAAAGUCCUUUGCGUUUAUGCAUCCCGCUGGCAUAGCCUACAGUUCAAAGCAAUGUACGAUGACGUUGUCUACGAUGAGAAACAAUGAUGAACAAGACAACGAUUGUGACGGCUUCAGUGAAGAAGAAUACUACGACUUUGAAGAUAAUGACUUUGAUGGCCUAAUUGACGAGGAUGUUGCUACGAAAGUUGCAGGAAGUCAUUGUGCUGGAGAAGGUUUCUGUGACCAUGAGGAAGAAGUGUGUUUUGCUGGAUGUUUGCCAGGAUAUCAAGGGCCUUGCUGCUCGCUCUUAAACAACUUUUGUCUGAAUAAUGACACCUGUAAUCCUGCCAACGAAUCAUGCCCCAACGGAUGUCAAGAUGGAUACUACGGUAGUUGCUGCUUACAGGUGAAAAAUUUUUGUCUGAAUAAUGACACGUGUAAUCCUGUCAACGGAUCAUGCCCCAACGGAUGUCAAGAUGGAUACUACGGUAGUUGCUGCUUACUGGAAUGUCCCGGAAAUUGUGAAAGUACAUGCAAUGUCGUCAACGGUUCUUGUGAUAAAUGUAGAGAAAAUUAUUAUGGUGAAUAUUGUAACCAAAGUUGCAGUCCAGGUUGUCUAGAGGAUACGUGUAAUAAACAGGAUGGAAGCUGCACCUGUAAAGAAGGUUUCUAUGGUGCAAUGUGUUUCCAAAUGAAAAGCUUUUGUCGGAACAAAGAGACGUGUAAUCCUUUUAACAGAUCAUGCCCCCACGGAUGUCAAGAUGGAUACUACGGUGGUUGCUGCUUACAGUUGAAAAACUUUUGUCUGAAUAAUGAGACGUGUAAUCCUGCCAACAGAUCAUGCCCCAACGGAUGUAAAGAUGGAUACUACGGUAGUUGCUGCUUAAAGGAAUGUCCCGGAAAUUGUGAAAGUAUAUGCAAUGUCAUCAAUGGUACUUGUGAAAAUUGUAGAGAAAAAUUUUAUGGUACUAAUUGUAAAAAAAGGUGCAGUCCAGGUUGUCUAGGGGAUACAUGCAAUCAAUGGAAUGGACGCUGCGACUGUAAGGAAGGUUUUUAUGGUGAAAUGUGUUUGAAAAAGGGACUUCCCUUUAAAGAGGGCUGGACAUGCCAUUGUGCCGAUGGUAAUUGUUCUGAAAAUGAUGGAAGCUGUUUGACCACAGAUCGAUGUCACAAUGGCUGGUUCGCUUUUUCUUGUCAGUAUAUAGACAUAGCUCCUGAAGCAGACUUGGGAGACAUGGACAGUGUCCGACUUCUCACUGACAACGAUGACUCGACGUGCGUCAAUGUGACUAACAAUACGAUCCAAGCGACCUGGUCGUACCUUGUCCCAGUUACAUGGUUUCGUUUAGUUUUCGAACUCAAAGCUAACGUUGAAGACUUUGACAUAAAAUAUUUUGAAAAAAACGCAACAUAUUUAUGCCUGCAUCCAAACAUUAUUUACCCAACUGAAUGGAAUAAUACUAUCGAUAUAGAAUGCGAAAAAGAUUUGCAUCUUCAAAUACAGACUUUAGUUGUAUCUUGGCAAGGAGAUGGACUUUGCUGUUCUUUCCAUGUCAGCGGAUCCAGAAAUUUAGCUCAUAAUAACGUGUGGAAGAAAGUUUUGAGAAACUACAAAACAAUCUCAAAAGUAGAAAAAGUGGAAGCAGCUACCGACGGCAAUUACGAAACUUGUGUUUCUGUGAGUUCUUACCAAGUAUUGGAGCUGACAUUUAGCAGCAGUAUACACGUCAAUAUGAUUUCAUUAUAUACUGAUUUUAAACUGCCUCCUAGAAUCACAAAUUUCAAAGUACGAACCUGGCUAGGCGGUAAGAUGUUGCCUUUAAACAUGACUUCAUCAAUGGACGAUCUUUACGUUUCAAGUUUCGCUCUAGAUGAUAUCUUAAUAUUGAGAUUCCUUCAAAUUUCAGUGAUUGGAGGUUCUCAAAGUUUGUGUGAAGUAGAAAUCAUUGGGGAUUGUGACAAUCCUAAAAUUGGUUUUGAAUGCGAGUAUUUCUGCAGCUUGACUUGUGUUGACCAGAGUUGCAACUACAUUGGCAUGUGCUAUGAGUGUGUUGAGGAAAGAUAUGGGAAAUAUUGUGAAGAGGAAAUGUCUACCAAUAGUACAGAAACUGAAUACAUUGAGAACAAUGAAACUUUAUUCCCGAGUACGACUGACAGGGAGACCGAUAAGACAACGAAUUUUUCGUUUCUUUUGCUUAUGGUAGUCAUAGCGACUUUGACCGUCUUAUACAAUGUCUGCUUUGUUAAAAGAAAAGAUUCUUAUCCAGAUGGAGAAUAAAAAGAACUUACAA